AGAAUGACCGACUAUGAAGCUGCAACCGCCUUCCUCGGAGAAUGGGGAAGUUUCCAGCAGCAGGUGUUUUUCCUCCUCUGUCUGAGCACCGUCCCCAACGGCUUCGCCGCUCUGUCCAUCGUGUUCCUCGCCGACACGCCGCCCCACCGCUGCCUCGUUCCCGCGCGCGUCAACCUCACCGCCGCGUGGAGGAACAGCAGCAUCCCGCUGGAGGAGGACGGACACAGCGGCGCGCUGGUGCCCAGCAAGUGCUACAGAUACAGACUUGAUGAUCUACUGAGUUUCUCGGAGAGAGAUUUACUGCCCGGCGUUGAUGUCAAUCUGUCUAAUGUGCCCAAAGAAGGCUGCUUGGACGGGUGGGAGUAUGACCGCAGCGUUUACAUUUCUACCAUCAUAUCUGAGUGGGACCUGGUGUGUGAUGACAGGUGGAAGAACCCGCUGACUUCCUCUGUCUUCUUCUGUGGAGUUCUCACUGGCUCCUUCAUUUCAGGGCAGCUCUCUGACAGGUAUGGGAGGAAAAUAGUGAUGUUUGCUACCAUAGCAAUCCAGACAGUGUUCACAUUCAUUCAGGUCUUUUCUCAAUCCUGGCCUAUGUUCUGCGCUGUGUUCUUUGUUGUCGGGUUGGGACAAAUCUCCAAUUACAUGGCUGCGUUUGUGUUAGGAACUGAGAUUUUAGGUCCACGUGUGCGGACGAUUUUCUCCACUGCGGGUGUGAGUCUGUUCUUUGGUGUAGGCUACAUGCUGCUGCCGUUGUUGGCUUUCUUCAUCAGAGACUGGAGGAUGCUUCUGUUAGGCCUCACAGUGCCUAGCUUCCUUUGUUUGCCUCUCUGGUGGUUCAUUCCAGAGUCUCCUCGGUGGCUCCUCUCUCAGGGAAGAGUGGAGGAGGCUGAGGCCAUAGUAAGAGAUGCUGCUAAGAGGAACAAAAUCGAGCCCCCGCGGGUCAUCUUUAGUCCUUCGCAGAAAGAACUUCAGUCUGAGAAGCAGACACCCCACAACAUCUGUGACCUGCUACGUUCUCGAAACAUCCGCUGGAUCUCUAUCACGCUGUGGCUGGUCUGGAACACUGUGACUAUCGCUUAUUUUGCACUUUCCCUGAAUACGGCGAACCUUCAUGGCAACUCGUACUUCAACUGUUUCCUGUCGGCUGUGGUGGAGAUGCCAGCCUACACUCUGACAUGGGUUAUGUUUCGCUGGUGUUCCAGACGACUCUGUCUCUGCUCCACCCUUUUCAUGGGAGGAUUGUUUCUACUCCUCAUACAGCUCAUACCAGCAAACCUGUUUUCUCUAGCCAUAACACUCGAGAUGACAGGGAAGUUUGCCGUGACGACAGCAUUUGCCAUCGUGUACGCCUACACAGCAGAACUCUACCCGACUGUACUGAGGAAUACAGCUGUUGGCACCUGCUCCAUGGCCUCCAGAAUAGGCAGCAUCAUUGCUCCAUACUUCAUUUACUUAAGAAGCUAUUCAGUUUCACUGCCUUACAUCCUCAUGGGAAGUCUUACGGCUCUGUCGGGGUUGCUGAGUCUCCUGCUGCCCGAGAGCUAUGGAAUGCCUCUGCCUGACACCAUCACUCACAUGCAGCACUUCCCUGGAUGUUGUCAGAAGACACCUUAUACAGUCACACACACUGGAGAAGAGGAAACCGCUGGUGACAGAAAGUCUCCGGUUUCCCCUUGAACAAGGAGCAGCACUCACAUUGAGGCGAAUAAGUGGACAAACAUCAAGUCUCUGCGCACAUUUCUGCCAUAAGGACAUUUGUUAAGUAUAAAGGAUACGAAGGAA